AUUAUGUCCUAAAAUUUCUUAAUUUAAUUUGAUUUGACUUGUACUCUGUCUUUUUAUGAGAAAAAUAAUACAAUGUAGACGCUGAAGCUCAGAAAUGUAGAAAAAUGUUUGGCUUUGCCCCGGACAACUCUGAGUGAGCUUAAGGCGCUCUCCCAAACAAAUUAUCUGAUCAGUUGAGUUGCGAACGCAACAUUUUAUUUUUUUUAUUUAUUUUUUUUUUUUGCUAUUUUCUUGAGUGAUUCAGAUGGAAGCUAUCAAUUUUUUUUUAAUCUACAAAGUUGAUCAACAUCCUAUUAUUCUAGGCUUUGCUCAAUGAUGUUUCGCAGGACAUAAACCUGUUCAGUGCUUGAUUACCCUUUUUCGUAAGCAGCUGAAAAACACUAGUAUAAUUUAGAAUCUUUUCCUUAAGUAGCUCUUAAAUAAUCUUAAUGAACAUGUUCAACUCAAUUUUUCUCAAAUCAAUUUAUAUUAUCACUUUUGAUAAAAUGUCCAAAACAACACACAUUUUAAAAUAGAAUCAAAAACCAUCUUUACAGUUUUAUUGUUCAACAUAAAGAAACAAAAAAACAAUAGGUGUUUGUUUUUUAGGGGGAGAUUUUGUUUUCCUUGGGAGUGAGGGCGUGACACCCUCAGCUUACCCCACUGGUGAUACUGACCCUAGGUACAGCACUGAGUACUAUACUAGUAUUAGUAUUAUAAUGAUUAAUUCUAGAUUUACUAUUUUGAUUUUAUCUAACUUAAAGUCUUAACUUAGCCUACUAUUAAGAACUUAAUUAACUAACAAAAAAUUGCUAAAGACCGAAGCCUCUUGUCUUAGAAUACUUUUAUACUGUAGAUUUUAGUUAAAAAAAUAAUUCAAAGUAGCGCUAAUUAUGCUUAUGCACUACUCAACGAAAUUUUUUUUCUGGUCCUCAAAAUCUAUAAGUUAGACUAUAUUAUGCUUAUGCACUACUCAACGAAUUUUUUUUCUGGUCCUCAAAAUCUAUAAGCUAGACUAUAUAAGAGUUUAUAAGACCUCUUUUUUUUGUCUCUUUCAUCUUUAAAUAAAACUCCCCCCCCCCCCCCCCAGUACCUAAUAUAAAGAAUGCACAAAGACUUCUAAGACUAAGACUGCUUUAUUGAUCCUUACGGAAAUUAGUUGUGAUUACAAGGACUCUUUUCUCAUAUAAAGACAACACAACAGAAAAAUACACAUAAAUACAACAGAUAACAUAAAGAGUUCAUUCAGCGACUACACACAGGUAUCUUGGUGCAUUUCAUGUUGCCUGAUCAAUGAGUGGCGGCGAUAGAGUCUGACCGAGUGAGGUACGAAUGAGUUUUUGUACAGCUCCGUUCUUGUUUUGAUUAACAGCAGUCACGCACUUCGCGACGACCUGACAUAGUUCUGAUGGAGCGGGUGGCCGUUCUCUUCCAUGAUUUUUUCAAUUUUUCUUAGGCACUUUUGUUCAAAAAGUUCCUUUAAAUGUGGUAAUGUUGUGAGUGUAGUUUUUGAUGCUUUUUUAAUGAUGUUUUCUAGAUGUUGCAACAGUUUAGAUGAGGCGUUGCCUUGCCAACAAAUUAUUCCGUAUGUUAGCAGAUUUUGUAUAGUCGCUCGUAAAAAGUCUCAAGGAUCUUCUUGUUUAGUUUAAAGCUAUUGAGUUUGUAUAGAAAAAAGAGUCGCUGGGCUGUUUUCUUUGUCAGAGUUCCAAGGUGGUCUUCCCAUGAAAGCUUGUUGUUGAUGAUAACACCUAGAUAUUUAUUUGUGUUUACUUGUUCUAUAGAUGUAGUGUUUAUUUGCAGUUCACGUAUAGUUUGUUUUUUCUUUCUAAAAUCUAUUAUAAGUUCUUUAGUUUUUGUGACAUUCAGUUCUAGAAAGUUGUCGGUGCACCAGUUUGUAAACUCUACUAUCGAGCUUCGAUACUGAGUUUCGACUCCUGAAAUAAGACCGACUAUGGCAGUAUCAUCAGCGAAUUUAAUGAGUUUAACUGAGUCAUAGAUGCUUCUUAUGUCAUUAGUGUAAAGAGUGUAUAGUACAGAAGAAAGUACACAACCUUGUGUUUUCUUUUCAGUAAUAAGGUGUUUGAUUUUUUUGGUCAUCCAGGGCUUAUUGUUUCCAUAGACUUGUAUUGUUUUUGUUGGAAUUGUUAACUCCUUGCAGAAUAAUAAAUACGAGUUCACAGUUUCUGUUAGUUCGAUUAUGUCUGGACAGUUCUCAAUAAAGAUUUCCCAGUUAGUUUUCUCAAUGCAUCCUUGUAGUUUUUCUACAGCCUCUUCAGACCACAUCUUGACCGUUUUUAUAACUCUCUUGUAGUUUUAAGAGUAGGUUUGUAAUUUGGUAUCAGAUGGAGUAAUACAUUGUCAGAUUCUCCAAGUGGGAACAAACUUUUACAUUUGUUUGUUCGUUUUACAUACAAACAAGUCCAUUUGUAAGCCUGCUUAAUGUUUACGUAGCAUUUGUCGAGCGUUCUACCCUGCCUUGUGGGGAGGGAGACACACUGGCAAUAGUUUGGCAGUGUGUUGUCUAAUUCUAAAUUAGUCUUAGGUUCAUUGGGUAGCCUUCUCCUGCACAGAUACACCCCAUUUUUAAAGUAAAACCUCACACCUCCAGCAAACUUUUUGGACCUUAUUUAUGUAUCUUCUAAUGGAACGGCUAACCAUACACAGACACAAACAAACCACACACUUCUUAAAUUAUUAUAGGCCCUUGAAUUCCAAAAGCACACAUUUUUUAAAAGUAAUAUUACAUUUCUGCUUUGUUGACCUGAAUAUUUCUUUAAAUAUUAUUAUUCAGUGGAACAACCACCAUUACAAUGACUUCGUAUAUUAUAAUUUUUUGGCAUUCUCCAAUAAAAAGCCCUCCAACCUUGAAAUUUUAGGCCGCCUUAAUAUAUUUCUUUUUGAUCCCUCAAAUGAAAGUCUAGUAAUAUACAGUUGUUUUUUUUUAACAAAGUACUUCUUACUUUAAGUCACCUAUAGAAUGCCCAAUCACUACAUGUAUUUUUUACCCGCAAAUAAUAGAAGUUCUAAUGAAUAACUCAUUUAAGUUUUGCUCAAUCAGGGAAACACACACACACAUGUUUUCAUUUAUAUAUUAUGUAAUAUUUUUCAAACACAUUUUUAAGAUCGAAUCUAAUGAAGAGGAGCAUAAGAUAUAAAUAAAAAACUGGAUCGAAAGAAGGUUACACACAAAAAAAAAGGGUUAUAAAAAAUGCUUAAACCAGAAAGAAGUAUAAUUUUGUUCUUAAGACAUUUUAAUCUCAGCUUUCAAAAACAAUUUCGGAAAAAUGGAACAAAAAAAUCUUUUUUUGUAAGUUUAAUCGCUGUGGUUUUGAUCAUGAAAAUUCAUGGCUAAGUUGUUCUAUGCAACUAAAAAGGAAUAAUAGGUUAAAUUUUCAUAUAUAUUUUAUCGUCAACUCCAAGUGGGAGAAUUUAGUGAUUAUCAGUCAGUGAUCAGUGCUGAAGAUUUUAGAUUGUAUAAGAUAUAUAGAUCUAUAUAUAUAGAGAGAGAUAGAUCUAUAUUUAAUAUAUCUUAUCUAUCUAAAAAGAUCUUAUCUAUCUAAACAUCUAGAUCUAAAUCUAGAUCAGUAGAUCUUGUUUUUAAAAAAUGCGUUCUAUAAAUCAACAUGUUCUUGUUUGUGUCAAAAAUGUCAAACAAAUCCUGUGCAAAAAUAUGGACAUAAAAAAUGUCCCCUCUAGUUUUAAUUUACUAGAAUUAAUUUGCAGUAGAUCAAGUUGUGGACAAUACAAUGUUGGAUUGUUGGGAGAACAAGUACAUUAUGCUAUCUGGUGCUUUCACUAGGUGUAUAGUUAAUAAUGUACAUUAAGCUAUCCGGAUGCUUUCACUAGCCAUGAGUUAAUAUAGUACACUAUUUAAAUGUGAAUUAAUUAAUAAAUGUUCAAACAUUUGGAUUCAUACACCUUAUGGCUUAAUCAUGGAGAAACUAGUUGAGAAUGAUUCUAAAAUUGUUGAAAAGUGCUGUUCUUUCAAUACACAAGUCUGUGUAGAUGGCAAGAGACAUGUAUUACCAACAUCACUUCUAUUAAACCUGAAAACUUGGAUACAGGAACAGCAUUCACAAAUUGUAAAGCAAAUAAUAGAAGACAAUAUCCUUAGUUGCAUAGAGAAGGAUGUUGACAAGGGACAACAGUGCACUUCUGAUGAUAGCAUUUACAGUGAUAUUUUGGAUAAUACAGUAGAAGACAUUCAAGAAAAAGUUUUGUCGAAACCUUCAAAUGAUCCAUUGCCUUGUAAUGAAGAUCUUCAAGAUAAUGGCAAAUAUAACUCAGUCACCAGAGCAAAUUCAUCUUUUCAGAAGCCUGUUAAGUGUGCAGAUUAUGCAGAUUCAAAUAGAAAAGCCAAUGCACUCAAGAGAGAAUCAGUCGACAGCCCAACCAACCAACCUAAGAGCAAGAAGAAGCGCCCAAAUUAUUUUGUGGCUGUUCAGAUAACAGAUCCAGAGAUUCAUGAAGUGGCUAAAAAGGUUCAAACUGCUAUUCAAAGUAGUUAUGAUUUCAACAUAGACCUUGCCAUGGUGGGCUCUGAAAAGUUUCACAUCACGCUAAUGGUCAUGCAUCUGGCUAAUCAAGAAGAGGUGGAAAGGGCUUCUGCUGCAUUAGAGAAAUGUGUGUCAACCAUUCUUGUCAAAACCAGUGGCCAGCAAGUGAAAUUGCAGAUGGAAGGAGUGUCUGCUUUUGGUGGUGGUCGUGUAGUCUUUGCUGGGUUGAAACCUUCACAUGACUUUGAUCAUUUACACUUCAUGUCAGAUGAAGUACACAAAAAUAUGUCAGAAGAAGGCAUUUUUACUACUGACACAAGAAGUGAAUUCAAUCCUCAUAUGACUUUAGUUAAAUUUAAUGGAGACAGAAAAUUAUUAAAAUUAGGAUUUAAAAAAGUGUCAGCAGAGAAAUAUGAGCCAUUUCUUCAUCAAGUGUUUGGUUCACAGAGUGUCGCCAGUCUACAGUUGUGUAGCAUGAAUAAAAAAAGGGAAGAUGGCUAUUACUUUGUUAAUCAUGAAGUGUUCUUUCAUAAAGCCAGUUGAAAGAAAAGUCUCUUGCUGGGAUAAGUUAUAACAGGCAGCUGAUGUGAUAUUUUGAAAGAUAUUGACUAUAAUGUAAUAUAUAUGGUAAACAAAUGCAGUACUUGUUUGUAUAUGUUUUUUUUACUUAUAUUUUCUUGUAGGAAAAUAAUUUACAUCUUCAAAAAUGUAGAAUUGAACUAAGAAUACAAAUGUAAUUGUUAUCUCAUGAAACAUCUUUCUCCUCCCUGCUUCCGAUUAGGAAGAAAUAACUUAUGGAUAAAAAAUUAUCCCUAAAAAAAACAAGCAGUAACCUGUUUGAUUCUUUUUGUAACUAAUUUUCUGUAAUAAAGAUUAUGAAGCAGUUAAUAUGAUAAAGAAUAUACUCUUUGGGUAUUUUUUAAAACACUUUUCUUGUAUAUUUUAUUUUAAAUUGUAUUAACUUGGGCAUUGUUGCAGACACUGAACAGAUUCAUUAGUUUUAUACUGUUUGUUUUCACUUGUGUUAAGAAUUUGUCAAACUAGGACAUUUUGAUAUCUUUAGACUAUUGAACCAUAUACAUUGAUAACAGAUAAUAGUAUUUCAUACAACUGUCUCACUGAAGUUUGUGCCUUGCUAGCCUUAAUAUAUGCAUGUGGUUUUUUUUUAUUUUCAAGAAAGUAUAAUUAUAAGAACUACUUAUUUUAAAUUCUUCUUUUUUUUUUUUAAAGAAUUAACCAAUCAUGGAAAGUAUAUAUUAGUCAAUUUUAGAAACAGACCUUAACAUUAAAGCCAUAUUUUUUUAAAGAAAUUGUUAUAAAGGUAAAAAAUAACUUUUAUUAGCUAUUACUAACAAUGCAUAAUUGUACUUCUAACACUAUAAUUAUACAUGACUGGGGCAAACAAAAUAGUCUUUGUUGUGAAUAAAUCAUUGAGUUUAUUUUU